AUGACGACGGAGACCAAGGAACCGCAUGAGAAGCCCUUUCCGUCCUGGUAUCAUCAGCUCCAUGCAUUGAGUCGUGCCGCUGAGGACACUCGAAAGGAGGCGAAUAAGAUGCGACAACGUGGUCGUGCCAUACGUAUCCAGGCCGAUGGACUUGCCAAGUAA